GGGACAUGAAAUUCAAAAUGGAGGGUUACGACUUCAGGACGCUUUGUAGAUUUAGAACGGUAGUUGAUCUUAAUAAAUAUUCAAGGAAUUUAGAAUUUGUGAUUUGAGCGUAUGAACCUAAUUAAAAUAACGAAAUGAAUGUAAUAAAAGUUCUGUGCUUAGGAAACUGUCAAUCUAAAAAGACCGAACUCCUUGGUGUUCUCUCAGAAGAUAAAUGUAAAUAUGACGAAUUGGCAAAUAUUCAUAACAAAAUGAAGAGUUAUUUAACAUGCAAUCUAGCAAUUACUGCAGACUUUAACAUUGAAAUACUAAUAUUCAGUUCGGAAGAUACGGAUUCAUUGAACUUAUAUAACCUUAGACGUAUGGGUUAUGAUCAAGCUGAAGUGAUGCUCCUAGUAUUUGAUGUUGAUAACCCUGAAACAUUACGUGAUAUACAGGACAGAUGGAUUGAUGAAUGUUUUAUAUAUGCAAGAACUGCCAAAAUUCUUCUAGUGGGAGUACAAUCAGAUACAAUCGAGACGACUGCAGCCAUUCAGAGAACGAUAGAGUACAUUCGUUCUCAUCACCAACUGGAAUACCGGGAAGUCUCUCUAAAAACAAGAAAAGGUGCUACAGAGUGCUUAAUGGCAAUAGCGGAGUUAGCCUGUAGAGAAAAUAGUAACUCAAAGAGAAGAAGCGUUGGUGAUGGAUUUUCAACAAUAAUGAAGAAAGGGACACGGAUGCUCUAUAAACUUCUACCAGAAAAGCAAGAAAAACAAAACACAGAACAGGAUAAGGAUAGAAGAAUCUACCAAAUUCAGGAGCUUGCAAGCCUAAAAGAGCAGUCAGAAUUACAUGCUAUAUUUAAGAAACAUGAAAAACAGAUAUUUCGUCACUUCAUAGUAGAAAAGGUAUUGCCAUUACAAAUUUUGGACUUAAAAUCAUUUGGCACUGCUCUUGGAUACGAUCCAACGGCACUAAAACUACCAAAAGAGUGUUUAGAGAUUAUAAAAAACCCGUACUGGCAAAUGUUAAAAUUUUGGACCGAACAGACGGAAAAUUUACAAUGCGUGUGCCUGCCACUCAUGUACUGUUCACUGAUGAAUAUCAAACAAAAAGUCAUUGCAAAUGAUUUGAUUAAAUCAGUUAUGGCGCAUUACACAGAUAAGGACAUAAUAACAAAGAUAGACAAAAAAUUUCAUCAAGGAAUUGAAACAGACGAGAUGUUGAAAUUGAAAGCUAAACUCAAACUAUUCAUGUUUUCGCAAGAAGCAGAUCAAACACCACCAGUUAUCUGGAAAAUAGGGAAAAGUGCAGGAGCUCUUUACAAAGACAUAUUACAAGCCGGGACGGAGUCUAGACAUUGCAUACGUUUAAUGAUUGUUGGCCCCUUUGGUGUAGGCAAGACUUGUUUAAUGCGACGACUGUUGAAGAAGGACAUUAGGGACGUUAAAAGCACUAACGGUAUUAAUAUCAUGGUUCUCAAAUGCAAAGUUAGGCUGAGCGAUGGCACAUGGAUAUUUUCUGAUGAAUUAGUUGAUCAUACGAAACAAAAUCUACAAUGGCGCUUAUAUAAAAACCUUUAUCAACGGAAGCAACAGAUACCAAGACAAUCAGACAGUCCCACAAUAUCCUAUAAUCAAACGAAUGUUCCAGUCAAAGAACAACCAUUGGAUAGAAAUGAUACCUGUUUGUCGACAACAAAGACACACAGGAAUUGUUAUAGUUUAUAUAGAAAAGAACAUAAAGCUGUGAAAGAAAAUCCAAACAAUAAUGAGAGUUCAAAAUCAAACAGUGAAAGAAAUACUCGAAUUGCAUUUCAAAAGUCAGAAGAAAGCCUGCUAAAAGACUUUGAUGGAUUAAAACUUUCUACUGAAUCGAUGGAUGACUUCGCAGAGGUAGUCAUGCUUGAUUUUGCUGGUCAGUACGAAUUUUAUGCCACUCAUCAAACAUUUCUGAACAAGCACGCCAUAUAUCUACUUGUUUUAGAUAUAAGUAAAGAUUUAAAGGGUAUAGCGGAAGAUCUGGAUAAUGCGUUACCAGAUCUAGCGGAGAUCCCUUUAAAAGACAUCGGGGAGUAUGUCAACUUUUGGAUGGACGCUAUUCAUUGCUACAGCGAAAAUGAAGUAUGUGAAGACAAAUCUAAACAGGAUCAUCCAUCAGCAGAUGAAGACAAAUCUAAACAGAAUCUUCCAUCAGUUAUUGUAGUAGGAACAUGUAGUGACAAACUAGAGGAAGGGAAAGAAAAAUCCAGGCAAAAGGAAAUUGAAAAACAACUAAAUGAAAUUCUAGGGGGUCACGUGAAAAGCAAACACAUAAAAGAUUUAUUUUAUUAUCAAAUUUGAGAAAAUCAGAAAGACAGUUUGAUUUACUUCGGGAAAUGAUAUUCAAACAUGCGUCUAAAGUACAAACAUGUGGUCAGGAACUUCCUGUGCGUUGGAUUAAGCUUGAACAAAGGCUAGAUAUUUUACGGACAAAGGACAACGUAACAGUGAUUUCGUAUUUUGAUGUCAUCGAACACGGCAAAGAAGUUGAACCGGAAAUUCAGAACGCAAACGAAAUUGAUC